AACAUUAUGUAAAGUAUUCCUUCCAUCACGCCUCGGUAGGGACUUUGGUCGGGGAUCUAGCCGAGGUCAGAGAGACAUGACGGCGCCUUCGCCUCCUCUAGCCACUGGCUUCGGCCGCUUCCCCAGCUUCUUCUGCUGGCCAUCCGCCCGAUCUCCACACCACCUCCUUACGCCGCCAAUUGCCAAAAGCAUCACUGCAUCUCCCAGUAGAGGAAGAGUAAUCUGCAACAGCAGCAGCGGCGACAGGACACCCACUUCUGGUUCAGGUGAUAAUGAUAGUAAAGUAGUUCUGGAUGCAUUUUUCUUGGGCAAAGCUUUUGCAGAGGCUGUAAAUGAAAGAAUAGAGUCUACUGUAGGAGAAAUCCUUAGUAUGGUUGGUCAAUGGCAAGCUGAGCAACAAAAAGAAGUUCAAGACUUUCAGGAAGAAGUAUUAGAGAGAGCCAAGAAAGCUAAGGAGAAAGCUGCACUGGAGGUUAUGGGCAUAAAUAGUGUACCCUCUAAACCUUUAGGUUCAUCAUCAAUUACCUCGACGAAUGUUACAGAAAGUCCGGAUCCUCUAGAAGAGAUCUUGAAUGAAUAGCUUGACUUUUAGUUGCACUUGAAAAAUAGUGCCAAAUUCUAGCUGUAAGACAAGCUCUGUAUAGGUUGUUUCUUAUGUUUCCUCUGGAGAAACCAAUGUUGUUUUGGCUGAAGAAAAGAGGGAUUUCUGUCGGCUAUGGAAAAGAGCUUUGUCAUCAGUCCUGGAUGGCUUACUUCUGAAUCAUGAAGAGUAUAGUUAUUUAAGCAUUAUCUUAAGAUUAUGUGCGCUCAAAAACUUAAUCUGAAAUGUAAGCUAAAUUGUCUUGAUCAAUAUCAUAUGUUCCAUGCAGAGAUGCUUUAAGACUGAAGGAAACUAUUUGUCAAAUCUUCUCAUA